AUGGCGACACCGGCCUCUUCAUCUGAACAGACUGUGACCACCAAGCCCCGGCGCGUGCUGGCCUGCGUGCUGUGUCAGCACCGAAAGAUCAAAUGUGAUCGUACAUUCCCUUGCGUCAAUUGUGUACGUGCCUGCGUGGAGUGUCAACAAUCAACUCGCCAGCGCCACCGGAGAUUUCCGGAGAAAGAGCUGCUGGCGCGUCUAAGACACUAUGAAAGACUGCUUCACCGGCACAAAAUCAAGUUCGAUCCUCUCCACACGCCUACUACAGAUUGUCGGUCACCUAACGAGAAUGGGCGUGACGAAUUUCCCGAAGAUGUUCGAUCAGAAGAUACUAUACCCGACAAAGGUCCUCGUUUGGGAAGGGAAAGCACAGCAGUGAAGUCUAAGCCAUUAAAUCUGUGGCAUGCCAUGAGUCAAAAGACCGUAGAUUUUUGGGAAGAUGACGGAGAUUAUGGCGAAGACGAUCAAAACGACACCGGAUUCCUGCAUAAAAACGAUGAUGUGCGCCAAGCCGUAAUCAAGAAGGCAUGGAACCAUAUGUUUCAAGGCCAAUCCAAUGACCACCUCUUGUUUGGUUCACCGGUAGGUAACGUCGACCUUUCGACUUUGCAUCCAACCCAGGUACAGAUCUUCAGGCUCUGGCAGAUCUACUUGGACAACGUCAAUCCUCUCCUCAAAGUCUCGCAUACACCCACUCUUCAAACACGUAUUAUCGAUGCUGCUAGCGAUAUCGCCAAUAUCAAUCCCGCAUUGGAGGCAUUGAUGUUCGGUAUAUACUGUGUCUCCAUUCUCAGUCUCACAGAAGACGAGUGCAGUGCCUUAUUCGGAUGUCCUAAAAGAGACCUCUUGACAAGCUAUCAGUUUGCCUGCCAACAAGCAUUACGGGGCUGUUGUAUUCUACGCUCCAAUGACCGGAACUGCUUGACUGCAUUUUAUCUAUACCUUGUGUCAAUAAGACCUUACACAGACCCUUCUUCUCUCUCAUCAUUGCUUAGCAUUGCUAUACGAAUUGCCCAGCGGAUGGGUAUUCACAAUGAUUCAAUGUAUGGUAAAUGGUCCACUCUGGAGACGGAAAUGCGUCGAAGACUGUGGUGGUCGCUGGUGAUCUUUGAUAACCGCAUCUGCGAAAUGUCCGAUUAUAAGACUGCGUCGCUGAGUCCUACCUGGGACUGCCGGCUUCCUCUCAACGUCAAUGACUUCGAGCUUCGGCCAGAGAUGCAAACCCCACCUACAGAAAACAACAGACCAACAGAGAUGGUCUUCGCUAUUGUGCGCAGUGAGCUCGCCGAUUUUGUCCGUCACAGCGCCUUCCACCUCGAUUGCACCAAUCCGUUUUUGAGCACGGUCGCCCGUCAAGACUCGAGCAUAGACGAUGCAGAACGGCUUCUGGCACUGGAGAAGGCGAUUGAAGAGAAAUACCUGGGAUUUUGUAACCCAGAGAACCCACUGCACUUCAUGACAAUUUGGACAACGCGUGGUUACCUAGCCAAGAAUCGGCUCUUGCAACACUACGCCCAAUACUCGACGGCCCCCGUACAACAAACAGAUACACAGCGCAGCAUGGGAAUUUCCUAUGCGCUGCACAUGCUGGAGUCUGACACUAAACUCAUGACGUCGCCUCUUACCAAAGGUUACAUGUGGUUUAUUCACAUCUACUUUCCCUUCCCUGCGUACAUUCACAUAUUGCAGAGUUUGAAAAGGUGGCCCAUCCAGGAGCAUGUAGACCAGGCGUGGGAGGUGAUGAGCAACAACUACGAGGUCCGCAUCCUGGAUACCAAAAAGGACGACCGCCCUUUCUAUAUCCUAUUAUCUCAGAUUGUCCUUCAGGCUUGGGAGGCCCGUGAACAGGUAGUCGGGGUGAGUGAGGAUCCCCUGAUGCCGCCGCGAAUUGUGUCGGACAUCCGGAAGAAAGUAAUGCAGAUGACAUUGAAUUUCGCACAGGAUGUGGACACAGUGCAGCCUGGUAAUACUUCAGGUGUCAAUGGGGAUAACCUGUCGAUCCCCAUGCAGAUGAAUUUCAAUACGAAUAGAAUGGCCCAUGGUGCUGGAAAGCAGCUGUCUACCAGUUUGGACUCGUGGGGAUAUCCUCAGGUGCCUCGGUCAAGCUCCAUGGAAAUGGAUGCGAACCAGUUUCUUUCGAACAUGAUGGACUGGGAUAAUUUGCAGGCUCCUAGCAGCUGA